AGCGUCGUGUCUGUACUAUUUAUAGCUUACUGUAUGACCGGUCAUAAUAUCUUACGUAAGAAGCAGUUCGCAAAUUGCCGCUUACCAGAACGCACGCACUAUGGCCAAGGUUAACAUUCCCAAUUUUAAACUCAACAAUGGCAAGAAUAUUCCUGCUCUGGGAUAUGGCACCUGGCUUGGACUUAAUGAUAAGAUGGAAUUCGAUAUGACGGACCUACCAAAACUAGUCGACACAUUGUCUUACGCUAUCGAUAUUGGCUAUCGACACAUCGAUACAGCACAUCUCUACCGAGUAGAACCUGAAGUUGGGGAAGUAAUAAACAAGAAGAUAAAAGAAGGUGUCGUCAAAAGAGAGGAUUUGUUUGUAACUACCAAAGUAUGGCAUCAUUUCCACCGGGAGUCCGAUGUGGAGGUGUCAGUGCGCGCGUCACUACGCCGAAUGAAUUUGGACUACUUGGACCUCGUCUUGAUGCACUGGCCGAUGUCUAUCACCGAGGAUGGUGUAGAUGAAAAGAUUGACUAUCUUGAAACCUGGCGAGGAUUUGAGGCUGUACUAGAAAAAGGUUUGGCGAAGGCUAUUGGGGUGUCAAACUUCAAUGUGGACCAGCUGAAGAGAGUUCUUGCAAACUGUAAAGUACCGCCAGCGUGUAACCAAAUCGAAGUCAACCUCAAUCUUGGCCUAAAAGAUCUAGUAGGGUUCUGUCAAGCCCACAACAUAAUAGUCGUAGCUUAUUCACCUUUUGGCACCAUGGUACCUAGCCGAUCCACACCAAAUAGUCCUGAGCCGAAACUGAACAACCCUACAAUGGUGGCCAUAGCCAACAAACAUGGGAAGACAGUGACGCAAAUAACCCUAAGAUAUUUGUACCAACGAGGAAUCAUUAGCAUCCCAAAAACGGUGACAAAGAGCCGAGUGGUGGAAAACGCUUCUAUUUUCGACUUCGUUCUUGACGAGAAUGACAUCAAAACGAUUGCCGAAUUCGACAAUGGCUUCCGAACAGUGCGAGCAGUCUUCUGGCAAGACUACACCAAUUACCCGUUUGAAAAAAUUGACGCGAAAGUGGAAAUACCCAAGGCACUGCUCAAAUGGAAAAAUGGGUACAAGUUAAACAUCGACUGAAGUUCCUGCCAAUUAGUAUGAAACUGGAAGGGAAAAUCAAAUGUGUCCCAGUUACUCUCUAUUAAAUAGAAUAUUAUUUAUUUUCCUUGAGGAUAAUAUUUGCUGAAAUAAUCAAUUUAGUAAAUAAUUAUAUACAAUAUAACAAUAGCCCACAGA